AUGCGUGAAAGUCUAAGCAGACAGCAAAGGGAUGAAACUUUACCUGCUUCUGUGUUUUCGAAUGGCUAUAAUGGUGAUGAAAGUUUAUUCAAUAAGUCAGAGAAUGAGUAUGUAGCAGAGAAUCUCAGUGAUUCAGAGGUUAUUUCACCAGCUUCUAGACAUUCGUGGGAUCACAUCAAUAGGUAUUGUAGCCCUUAUUCUUCGUCUCCCUUCAGUCGUGUAUCUUAUUCUCCUGAGUCAUCAGUUUGCCGAGAAGCAAAGAAGCGACUCUCUGAAAGAUGGGCGAUGAUGUCAUACAAUGGGAAUUGUCACGAACAAAAACAUGCAUUUAGAAGCUCAAGUACUCUGGGUGAGAUGCUUGCUGUCUCCGACGUGAAAAACUGGGUAAGAUCUGAGGAAGGGGAUGGUAAUCCCAAACAAGAAUCUAGGGGAUCAACUUCAUGCUUCACUGGUGAUUUGAACAAGGACGGAAGAGUUGAUAAUUCUCCUAGGAAUCUCUUGAGGUCAAAAUCUGUUCCUAUAUCGUCUACAGUGUACAGCACCAGGCUUGAUGUAGGAGUUUCAGAUCCUGAGGUGGGCAAAACAGAUGCUUCCUCCAAUGAGGUAACCAAGGCAAGAAGCAUGAAUUCAUUGUUAAAGGGGAAAGUUUCAAGUUUAUUUUUUUCAAGGAAUAAAAAAUCUGAUAAAGAAAAACCUAUGGCAUCUCAAUCUACCAGAAUGCCUGUGCGUCCCCCGGGAAAAAUUUGUGAUGAUAGAUAUCAAUGUCUUAAUGACCUUCAGCUUUCAUUCAGCAAAGCGUCUUCCCUUGAUUUGGCCAGCAAGGGAUCAAAACAGGGCAUAAUUUCUCCCGAGGGUGGAUUGUCGGUGACAAAGCCUGUGGUGUUUCGAAGUCCAAAUGAGAACCAGGACCAACCAAGUCCAAUCUCAGUCUUAGAGCCACCAUUUGAAGAGGAUUACUAUUCCACAUCAGAGUCCUAUGGUAAUGUAAAGCCUAACCGACUUGGAUUAGCACUACCUGUUCACCACAUGAAAUCCGACCUGAUUGACAGAUCUCCACCCAUUGGAUCAGUAGCUCGGACUCUAUCACAGGAUGAUUUUUUUGCUGAUACAGCUUGUUCAUAUCCAUCAAAAUCCUCCUCGGCCUUCCAACGAGCCGAGGAAGAACAUGAAUGGUUCUUCUUUGUACAAAAGUUAUUGUCAGUGGCUGGCUUCGAUGGUGAGGUUCAAUCUGACUCAUUUUUGGCCAGAUGGCAUUCGCCUGAAAGCCCAUUGGACCCAUCAUUGAGAGACAACUAUGUCGAUCUGAAUGACAAGGAGAUAGCGCAUGAAGCUAAGCGAAGGCAAAAGAGAUCAACCCGAAAGCUUGUGUUUGAUUGCGUCAAUGCAGCGCUGGUGGACAUUACAGGGUACGGGUCAGACACAUGCCAAAGAGACAUACCAUGUAGCAUGGUCCACAGUGGAUUCCUAGGGGGUGUACCAUCCAUAAUGGCCGACCAGGUGCGGGCCCGGGUGAAGGAAUGGUGCUAUGGGGAAGUAAGGUGUGUUUCGGGUGAGGAUAGGGACAGUAACAGCCUGGUUGUGGAGAGGAUUGUGAGGUAUGAGGUAGUGGGGAAAGGUUGGAUUGAGCAUUUGAGAUUGGAAAUCGAUAAUUUGGGAAAAGAAAUUGAAGGGAAGUUGCUGGAGGAACUUGUGCAAGAAGCUCUGGUCGAAUUGACAGGUAGAGUGUGAUAAGGAUUUUUUUUUUUUAUCUUAUUAUUACCCCUUUUUGAUUUACAAAACCUGUGGAUUAUUAUGUUUCUGAAGAUAGUGGCCCUACCUACCGCUAUUUGUUUAGUGCUGCAAGUUGUUGCCAAUGUGUAUUUAUUUAUCAGUAAUGCUUAGACUGGUCAAAUUUUAGAACCAAAUUUAGAGCUAAAAUAACAUGGUAAUCGACUAUUUAAAGUUUUUAUUGGAGCUUAAAUGACAUGACAUUAAUCAAAGAUGUCCAAGUCAACUGUCAUGGUAUUUGCGCUCUAAAUUUGAUCCCAAAAUUUAAUCAGUCUAUCAUUACUCUUUAUUUUAUAUGUAGGUUUCUUUGUGUACGUCUAAUGUACACUAAUUUAGGUGACUACUAACAAU